AUGACUCCUGCUGGACCUAUUUGUGCUUCAUGUAAACAAUUGGGUCACAGCAGGGGAUCAAAUUUUUCUUGCCCUUUGAAUCCAAGACACAAAACUCUCUUGAUCCCCCAAAAGAGAACCAGUGAUAAUCUCUCUGCCCAAGAAGAAUAUCAAGCAGAGAAAAUCAAUGCUCUCUCCCGUGCUGCCCAAUAUCCUGCAGAGAGUAGUCGAGCUGCUGCUUCGAGACCAAGAGUUGAAGCUGUCCAGAGUCGUGUGGUGCUCACCAUAGCAGAAAUCAUUGCUCUCUCCCGUGCUGCCCAAUAUCCUGCAGAGAGUAGUCGGGCUGCUGCUUCAAGACCAAGAGUUGAAGCUGUCCGGGAUUUUGUUGCUUUGCAAGUUUCUGAUGUUGAGAGAGUCUUGGAUUUGACUACCACCACUGCCACUGCCACUGCCACUGUUAUUCCCCGCUGUUCCAGCUGUAAUGGAAUUGGUCACCAACGGAGUAACAGCUUGCAGUGUCCUAACAACCAAAGGAACCGCAAUUUUGUCCCCGGCCAGUUAACUACCACUCACAACAUGGCCCGGCGUACUACCGCCUCUGCAAUGGCUACCAUUGUAACUGGAUCAAGUGCUGGAAAGGUGGUGCUUAUCCCCAGAAUCAAGCUGAACCCAACUGGAUCGACCAUGUCCAUUGAGUUCAAGCGAUGUCAAUUUCCAGUCCGCCUUGCCUUUGCCAUGACUAUCAACAAGUUCCAAGGCCAGAUCCUUGACAAAGUUGGUCUGUACCUUCCCGACCAUGUCUUUGGUCAUGGGCAGUUGUAUGUCGCUCUCUCUCGGGUCCGAACUCCAAACUCAGUAAAAAUCAUGGUUGAUAUGGACAGUAUUUCUACCGAAGCAACCAGCAAUUAUGGUUAUUUCUUCUCAAUGCAGUCCCGCUGGGGACGCCGGUCUACCUCGUAUGGUGUUAAAAUCACCGUCCCUGAAUUGCUUUCUGCCUGA